AUGUUGUUCUCUAGGGACGCGCUGGCUUUUCUCGCCUCCAUCUCAGCGAUCGCCGCUUCACCACUGCAACCCAGAGAUGUAAAUACAACAAACCCAAUCGUCACGCUCGACUAUGUCACCCUUCAAGGCGCCACGUCUUCAACCUAUAACCUCACGUACUACCGCCGCGUCCCCUUUGGAGCCUCGACAACAGGCGAGAACCGCUUCCGCGCGCCUCAACCUCCAGCGCCGAUCACAAAUGGCACCUACGAUACGGAUCGAGGGUUCGACAUGUGCCCGCAGCGCACCGUCAACGGCUCUGAAGAUUGCCUGUACCUGGGUAUCUACUCUCGCCCAUGGCAGCCAACCCAGAAGUUGCGUCCAGUCCUCCUUACCUUCUACGGUGGAGGUUUCAUUCGCGGCAGCGCUGAGUUCACCAUUCCCCCAUCUGGCUACCCAGUUCUCAACGUGAGCGAGAGCAACGACUAUGUGGUCGUGUAUUCUAACUAUCGCACCAACGUUUUCGGCUUCCUGCCAGGCAAGAAAGUUGCUGAGAGCAGAGUGGUGGACCUCAACACCGGCCUUCUCGACCAGCAGGCCGCACUCCAAUGGAUCCAGAAGUAUAUCCAUCACUUCGGCGGCUCAAAAGACGACGUCACAAUCUGGGGCCAGAGUGCCGGCGGCGGAAGCGUCGUCGCCCAAACAAUCGCUACAGGUAACAAAGGGAAGAAGCUGUUCAAGAAAGCCAUGAGCAGCUCACCCUUCUGGCCAAAAACAUACCGCUACGACAGCCCCGAGAACGAAGCGAUCUAUCAGCAAGUCAUUACAGAUGUAGGCUGCGCCAACAGCACCGACGAGAUCGCGUGUCUGAAGACCGCAGAUCUACAAGCCCUGCGCGACAGCGCCCUCAGACUCAGCACCAGCCUACAAUACACGACAUCAUCCUUCACAUUUGGACCCAUAAUCGACGACUCCUUCCUUGCCGAGCCACUUAGUGAGGUUGUGCGAAAAGGGAAACUUAACGCACCCACAGUGCUGACCAGCUACAACCUGCACGAGGGCGAGAACUUCAUCCCGCCCGGUUUACAGAACGCAGAUACCGCGAGCGACGGUUUCAAUUCCUCUGUGUCUUCUUUCGACGCGUGGCUAUCUGGCUCCCUGCCCGGUCUGCGCGAAAAGGAUAUCGCGAAGGCAAAGACUUUGUAUCCAGUAUCCGGCACCGCGGAGGAGAUAAGCUAUAACACGACCUAUAUCCGUGCAGGACUGCUGUAUCGCGAUCUUGUCCUUGCGUGCCCAGCAUACUGGCUCAGCAGGAAGGCGGAUAAAGGGUGGUUGAUUGACUACACUAUCUCACCUGCUAAGCACGCCAGUGACACCAUCUACUGGAACCAGGUCAACGCCAUCCAAAAGUCCGAUCCCCUAACCUACCAAGGCUACGCAGGCGCAAUGGCGAGUUUCGUACAGACCGGCGAUCCGAACGCGCACAAGGUGACGAACGCGAGUGUGCCUGGCGUGCCGGAUGUGGAGAAGGGGAAGCAGUUUCUUGUCACCGCGGAAGGACUGAAGCAGGGGCCGAUUAAGCAGCUCGAGGAACGGUGCGCGUUUUGGCUGGAUGUGAGCAAGCGGGUGCCGAUCUGA